AUGAAAUCUAAAACCAUAUUUUAUGUAGGAGCAAUAUUUGGGAUUUAUUACUUCACAAAGUCUGCUGUAAAAUAAGUAAGGACUUAAUAAUAUUAGUUAUUAAAAUUCAAAUCUUUAUUAGGAGAGAGAUCAUCAAUUAAUUAUUUAUUUAAAAAGAUUGAAAAGUAAAAUCAAGAAAAGAAUGGAUUAUAGUUUUUCAAAAAAAUGUAUAUUGCGGGAUCCUCCCAAAGAAUAGUGAAUUUAAGAGAAUCAAAUCCAAAUUUAAAGACUUUUUUUCUAAUUUCAUAAAUAAAAUUAAGACAGGGUUAAGAUUCAUUUUUUUCAUGCAAUAUAGUAGAUCGUUCACCAAUUUUCAAUUUAAGAAAUGCUUAUAAUUUGGAAGUUUAAAUUAACACUUUAAAUGAGUUUAGUUUCAAUUUAGAGAAAGCUCGUAUUAUGUUUUAGGAGGAGAUGAGUGUUUAUAGAGCAUUAUUGUUUCAUCUAAACCUAAUGAAGAGAGAGAUAAUAGCUGGUCUUCCUGUAAUCAAUAUAAUUAGAUUUAUAAUAGUAUAACAAAUAGUAUUUAAUUUUUGGUGAUUUCAUUCAUAAUCCAAAAAAUAAAGUGUUAAGGUGUUAUAGAAUUAGAAAAUUAACUGAGAUUAAAGAUUAUCCUUUUCUCCGAUUCUAAUUCUAUUUUUCAAACAUAGUUUCAAUUCUAAUAAAAAUUGGAUUGGUUGUUAGUCUAUCACAUUUCCUAUAUAAUUCAGCCAAAAAAAUUUUAUAUUAAGAUGUUAAUAUAAAAGAUAUCUUGGUUUCUUAAUAUCAUUAAACAUUAUCAUGUUUUAUUUGUAAAGAAAGAAGGGCUAAUAUAAUAUAUGAACCAUGUUUUCAUUUGAGUUGCUGUAUGGAAUGUUCCUAAAAUAAAGUAAAUUGUCCAGUUUGUUAAAAGAAUAUAUAGAGAUAAAUAAAAGUUUUUAAUGAGUGA